UGACAUACAUUACUAACAGUAGUACUGCCAUUAAAAUAUAAAAAAAAUAUAAAAUAAAAAAAAACCGUGAACAAAAUAUGGCAAAAGCAUACAUAUUGAUCAGCUCAAUGUGGAUCCUUGCAAUUCAGUUCCUAAUAAUGGUGUACAAAAGUGAUGCAAAAGUGCCGGCCAUAAUUGUGUUUGGGGACUCAACCGUGGACGCUGGCAACAACAACCAAAUCCCCACCAUUGCCAGGAGCAAUUUUGUGCCUUAUGGCCGUGAUUUCACCGGUGGAAGGCCUACCGGGAGGUUCUCGAAUGGGCGCAUACCGACCGACUUCAUCUCGGAGGCGUUCGGGCUAAAAUCAACAAUUCCUGCUUACUUGGAUCCUGCUUACAAAAUCUCAGAUUUUGCCUCUGGUGUCACUUUUGCCUCUGCUGGGACUGGCUAUGAUAAUGCAACUUCGUCUGUGCUAGAUGUGAUACCACUAUGGAAGGAGUUGGAGUACUACAAGGAAUACCAAAAGAAACUCAAAACCUAUCUUGGAGAACAACAAGCAAAGGAGAGAAUAAGCGAAGCUCUCCACAUGAUGAGCUUGGGAACCAACGAUUUCCUAGAGAACUACUACACAAUGCCCGGCCGAUCAUCGCGAUACAACGUCGAGCAGUACCAAGAUUUCCUCGUCGGAAUCGCGAAGAAUUUCGUCAAGGAAUUGUACAAUCUCGGCGCUCGCAAAGUCUCCCUUGGAGGGUUACCUCCCAUGGGGUGCUUGCCCUUGGAAAGGACCACCAAUAUCUUCGGUCGCAAUGACUGUGUCGAGAGGUAUAACGUUGUGGCUUUGCAGUUUAAUGGAAAGUUGGAGAAGUUAACCGCAAGCCUAAACCAGGAACUCUCCGGUGUCAAAGUGGUCUUCUCAAACCCCUACGAUCCUCUCCUGAAUAUCGUAAGGCAACCUUCUUCUUUUGGAUUUGAAGUCGCCUCAGUGGCAUGUUGUGCGACAGGAAUGUUCGAGAUGGGUUAUGCAUGCAACCGAAACAACAUGUUCACCUGCACAGAUGCAAACAAGUACGUCUUCUGGGAUUCCUUCCAUCCCACAGAGAAAACAAGUCAUAUCAUCUCAGAGUAUCUCGUCAAGCACGCUCUCGCUGUGUUUCUUUAAUUGAUAUUAUUUGCAUAUAGCUACCGUUUUAUAUAUAUGUUUUUAUUAUAG